GUGAUCACUGACGCCUCCGGCCGGGGAAUGGGCAUUUACUUCCCAUGGCGCCACCUCGGGCUCGUCUCCGCCCUCCCUGCGCAACUCUCCCCUUCCGACAGCUUCGCUGCUGAAGCCCUCACCGUCUGCAGCGCCAUUCAUCGCCUUCCAAGAUGGCGCGCUGCCGGACGUCAUAUCCGUCGUCUCGCCAUUCUCUCGGACAGCGCCAACUCCGUGGCAAUGUAUACCACCCUGUCGGCAUCCCCAGACAUGAACCGCAUGCUAAUCUCGGCCGUCGAUGUCUUGAUCGACUGUGACUGCACCUAUCGUAUUGACCACAUCCCGGGUGAGUACAACCCUGUCGCCGAUGCGCUCUCUCGCGGCCUGCUGGAGAAGGCGUACACCAUCGAUCCCCUCCUGAACAUUGUCACCUUUACACCCCCUCGGGAUGCGCUGGGGGACCGGGAAUUAUGCAUACAUAGCAGUACAUGA